GGUACUAAUCGUGCUUCCGGGACAGAUUGGGUAGUGAUAGGGCGAGCUUUUUUGUAGCGUAAGUACUUUGAAAAGUUAAAAGACUUGUUGAUAAAUAAGCAGCUAAAUUAUCUGACAGCAGCUUCAGGGAUUUACAAUCCGAUGAACCAACUAGAACAGUGCAUAGCUGCUUUGCAAGCUAUUAGCCUUAUUUUAGUUUUUACUUCCUGUAGCAAAGACGGGGAAAUCGCCUUCUUCAGGCUUUAGGCAGAGUUGUUUUUUCAUGUUCAGUCUGUUUUCUUAAACUUGGUGGAGUUGAAGGAGAAGCUGCUUGCAAGACGUAAAGCAUUAGGAUCAGAGAAGCUUUUCACAUCAACCCGGAUCACACCACCAAUCAACAUGUGUUAAGGUCAGCCAUGCAUCUGUGGUCCUAUCCAUAGCUCCUGCUCUGAGUUGGAUUUGGAUGCAACCUCUGUUCAGACUAGAUCUGAGAGGAGCAUUGUUUACGGGAUCCAGCAGGGGGUGCUGAUGAGGAAGAUGUCCAGUAAUUAGAGCAACAUCAGCACUACCCAAAUUCCAUUCAGUUGCGGAAUGUCACUUCAUCUGAAGGUGACAUACAGCAUCAAUGUGCAACAAAUGCCCUCACCGACCAGCAGCAGGUACAACACUCCUCUCGUACAUGGCUGGACCACGAUGGAGGAUGCUGAUGCAGCUCUGAACAUGUGGGCUGUUAUUAAACAAGGACACGUGCGUGAGAAGAUCGCCAUCUUCGCUUCCGAGGGGAGGCAGACAGAUGGGGCAGAUAGCAGCGCACACAACUCAGGUAGCUAUUUGAGCUGCUGUGGUGGAGCAGUGAUUGCAUGCACGAACAGCAGCACUUUGACAGGGCGGUUCCGUGCUGUGAAGGCAAAGGGAAUUUGGGAAGAAAACAGCUCUGCCAAGAGGCGCCGCAGGUCCUUGAACAACCAGAACCAUCAGCUGGACCAGAGGAGCCAUUUCCUGAGUAAACAGCAGUGUGACCUCAAACUAAAGCCAAGGUGUACUGAGUCAAGUGGUGGACAGUGUAUGGAGACAUCAGUGUCAGCAGAGGAGGAGCAGAAGAUUUCAGUUGUGGAGAUGGUGGCUUUUUUGGAGCACAGAGCAAGGGAGCUGGAGCCAAACUUAAAACCUCUGUUAAACCUCCAGAGGAGCUCUGCUACUAUUACCCUGUCCAAAACCACCCGGCUGGGGAUCAGGGAGGGGGAGGAACCAGAGUUUGUCAGGGUCUCAGAAAUGGUGGCUAAGUUGGAGUCAGAGUGUCUGAGGACCACUGAGAGCAGUCUUUCUCGGAGCAACAGCCUAAAGAGGACAGUGGGUAGAGUCCUUCUAGCUGCAGGGCAGAAGAACUUCAGCCCCUGCCAAUCUGCACCACAGUCAGAAACAUCAUCAGUGCCACCAGUUUCUUCACCAUCAUCAUCUGAAGCUCUGAACUGCUGCAAGAAACCAAUCAGUUUGUCACAAAUAGUCAGGGUGGAGCCCCCUGCCACAGCUGCGAAAUCCCAGGAAGUUUCAGGGGAGACAACAGACCCACCCCCCCAGUCUGAGGAGAAGGAGCCACUGCCUGGCCUCCUCUUUCUUUCUCCUGGUAAGUUAGAGUCAAAACUCUGCACCCCCCAUUUCAGAACAAGCUUUUAUUUAGAGCUGAGCCUUCCUCCCGCUUCUAACGUUGUCAGUACCUCUCACCGGUUAGAGAAGAACAAGGGCGACAAGACUGUGAGUCCUCCUUGCUCUGCCACAGUGCCUCCUAGGCGGAGUGCUUCAGUGUCACAGGACUUCCUUAAAGUGCGCCAACGGCUGCAGCAGCUGCUGGCACCACAGUCCUAUUUGCUCAUGCUUCCCCAUCACCUGCUGGUGAACAUGUUCCUUCUGCUGCCAACACAGAGCCUCGCUGCACUCAAGUGCACCUGCAGCUACUUCAAGUUUGUCAUUGAGAACUAUGGUGUGCGGCCCGCCGACUCGCUCUGGGUGUCUGACCCUCGUUACCGUGAUGACCCCUGCAAACAGUGCAAAAAGCGUUACUGCCCUGGAGAUGUGUCCCUUUGCCGCUGGCACCACAAGCUAUACUGUCAGGCUCUGCCAUAUGGGCCAGGGUACUGGAUGUGUUGCCAUGAUGCCCAGAGGGAUGCACCUGGCUGCAAUGUGGGUCUCCAUGACAACCGCUGGGUGCCUUCAUUUCACAGCAUCAAUGUGCCAAUUUACAGGCAGAACUAUAGCCAUGAAAGCUGAAUUAUUUUGUGUGUGUGUGUGUGUGUGUGUGUGUGUAUAAAAAGCAAUGUGGUACAAUAUGCUGCAGCAGCCUGUCAAACUGUUUCUACCUGCUGUGUGUGCUCAAGCUCAUUCAGUGUAGUUCUGCUCUGAUUUUACAAUGAGGUAGCCAGCUGCUAUAGCCAGACCACUAACAUCCAUCCUGUGAUGCAACAGCAGUGAUUAUCUUUCUAGACAGCACCUUCACCAACCAGAUGUCAGAAAGCAGUGAAAACAUCUUGCUUCAGAUACCAGCAUAGUACUGGAAGUAUUAGAAAAAUGUGGGACUUGAUUUAGCAAAAAUAAAACCUUUUAAUAUAGGAGUUUUAACCAGAAACAUCACAGGAUUUUGGACAGCUAACAGUGACAGAUUUAUUUUGAGGAAAUCUGCAUGCUUCGAGUUGCUGCAUGCAGUGUGGCCCUCUGCUACCUCUCAUUCUGUCACCUUUCAGUUUUUUAGUUUCCAGACUGAGAGAUUUUUGUUUUUUAUUGAUUGCCUAUCAGCAGUGUGAACUUGUAUCCAGAGGGGAGAGGAUUCCCAGCCAGGACUCCUCUGUGAACCAGAAUUACAAGAACAGAACAGCAUUAACUGCUGCCAAAAUGGACCUUUGAUCAACUGACCAGUUUGGCUUCUAACACCAGUAUUGCCUUAUGUUCUGCAGGCAGUCAGACAGAUCAUUUUUAUUCUUAGCUGGUUUUGAAUUACUGAUGGGAAAAUGAUCUGCUAAUACCAUAGGAACAUCUAGGAGAUACUCCAAAAGCUUAAAGGUAGUAAGUGAUCUCACACACACACACACAAGGACUGUUUUGCAUAGGAUUUGUUUGAGCGCUUCCAUUAGCUGACAGAUAAUCAUUGUAUUCCUUUGUAGGACAUGGAGAAAUGUGGCCUUGAGUCUCUGAGACAAUGCAAUAUGAAAAACUUGACAAUAGAUUAUUUUAAAAAGGAAAAAAAAACUAUAUGAAAAUAAAGUUUGUUUUUAUUGUUUACUGGGUUGUUUACUGACGCAGAAAUUUUCUUUGUAAAAUAUGUUUUGCUUGAAUAAAGUUAUUUCUAGUC